GGCAGGGCAGCGGGGCAGAGGUGCAGAUGAAAAGAACCUAGAGAAACUACUUCUUCAAGCUUUGAUAUACAACUACCAGACCUCCAAAAAUGCAUGGACAGAAGCAGUGGACACGGGUGGCUGUGAUGGCACUCCUGGUGCUAACGGUGAUGGCAGCUGAAGGAGGCAAAGCAGAGAAACAAGGAAAGAAGGAGCGCAAGUCGGACUGUGGAGAGUGGCAGUGGAGUGUGUGUGUAGCCAAUGAGGGUGAUUGUGGACUCGGCACCAGGGAGGGAACACGCACCGGCACGGACUGCAAACAGACCAUCAAGACCCAACGCUGCAAGAUCCCUUGCAACUGGAAGAAGAAGUUUGGAGGGGAAUGCAAGUACGACUUCCAGGCUUGGGGGGAGUGCGAUCUGGCGACGGGCAAGAAGAACAGGACAGGAGUGCUGAAGCGAGCGCUUAUGGACGCGACCUGUGCAACCACUGUCACAGCCACCAAGCCCUGUGGGAAAAUCCCCAAGACCAAGCUUCAAGAUGCAAAGAAGCAAAAGAAAGACGGCAAGAAGCGAGACCGCACCCAAAUGGACUGAUGUGGUUGUUUGUCCCAGGGAGGAAGUAAGAAGAGGGUAGAAAGACGUCCACUGCCCUAUUUCAACAUGGUUCCUCUUUGUAUGUCCUGUAGGUUGACAGUAGGAGCCUAGAACUUUGACACAACCAGUGGAAAUAUGACUUGUAGUGACGUGUUUUACUUUUUCUUCUUUCUAGCACCUGAUAAGAAACAACUUGUAUGUUGCAAUAGGAGAUAAAAUACUCGAUGCGGUACGAAUAGCUAAUGAAUAUUUGUUUACUAGUGUUCUCACAUAAUGAUGUUAUUUCUAGGAUUAUUUUCUGAAAAAAACAAAUUGGAUAGGAUUUGUCUUACAAUUGCAUAGUGUAACUCUAAUUUGGAAAACCCUUUGGUCCGUGCCCUGACUUAAUGAAGCAGUUUGCUAAAAGUGAAGCUCUAAACAUCUUCGCUUAAUUAAUUUGAGCAAAAAAAAAAGUCAUGCAUUUGCAAAUUUUGAAGUGGCUCAAGUUAUUAUAACUCUUUCCUCUGAUCAUUUUGUGCUUUAUGAUAUUUUUGUUUCUUUUAUUUCCAGUAACAAUAAACAUAAGCUAGUCCCAUAUGGAGGCUGCAUGAAAUAGUGACUGUACAUUUGUGCAAACUGUGACUGUUAGUUUGUUUUCCUCCUGCUGCUCUUUUGUACCUCAAUUUAUACCCUCUGGUUUUUACUCUCCAUGCAGCUCCUGGCUGUAAACAAUGUAAGUCUUCUCUAUUUAGUCCUCAGUCAGAGUUAACAUUUUCCUUUGUGUCCUUUCAC